AACAGGUACCAUGUCAAGUGAAGGUCCUCCAGCUCCACCUCCGCCUCCAUCGAAUGAGAUUGUAGAUAUUACAGAUAAAAUUGCCAAGCCUGAGUGCUUCGUGCUGAAUGCGGACCCUAAGUACCCAUGGGAAAAUUUAUUCAUGGGCGAUGACCGCCUCCAACUUCGAUCGGACACAGAUGAACAGUUAAUUUUGCACCUUGUAUUUUCCGAGGCCGUUAAAGUCCACAGCCUCAAUCUGGUCGCUCCGGAGAUGGAGGCCGCGCCUGCCACUGUAAAGCUGUACCUGAAUAAGACUUCUUUCUCGUUCGACGACGCUGAAAACAUUGAGCCCACGCAAGUGCUAGAAUUGACGGAAGAGGACUACAAGGCAGAAAAGGUCACUCUAUUAAAAUUUGUCAAGUUCCAACGGGUCUCGUCCUUGACCAUUUUCGUGGAGAACAACAACGGCGCGGACUACACGGCCCUCUCCAUGCUGCGUCUCUUCGGCACCCCGUUGCAGGGCACCGAUGUAUCCAAGAUCCAGAAACAACCGGCCCAAGGGUAGUGGAGUCUCGCCAUAUGCCUCUUUCUCGCGAUGCACGGAGGAGAAUAAUCAUGUAGGAAGAGGUCUGGGGACGUAGGGAGGGAGCCAAUGGGAUGGGAAAGGGAGGAAUGGAUCACGC